GUCAGCUGAUAAAAAGGUUGCGCGUGGCGAUGUAGAGGUCUUAGUUAUGGAAAAGUCCGGCAAGAUCAAUAUCUACCCUUAGGAAAAGACGCCAGCAGAAGGGGUGGCGAUCUCAUUCGGCGCACUGGGAGAGAAUAUCAGCGCAGUCACCUUCAACCUAUCCUCUUACAUUUCGAGUGUGGAGGCGACGUUCACACCCAGUGUACCUCAUCAAGGAAAACGGCUCCUAUGUGUGAGGUAACGAGAACAGUGGUGAGGGCUGGCACUGUUAAGUUCAACACCAAGGUGGAAGGUUGGAAAUUCUGUGGAACUUCAGGCUACAACUGCCAAGGGGGAGUUUGUAGCUAUCUGGACUCCACAAUCUGUGUCAAAUCAAAGCAGAAGGGGAACAAGACAGCUGGAAGUGAAAGUGGGAAAAAGCCUGCGCAAGUAGAGUUGGGCGAUGGAAUAGUCAUGGAUAUCCCGAGAGGAGUCGAUAAGGACGGUGCUCAAGAAGACAUGCCGGCAGGUUUCCCCAAGCUUGAUACUUCUGGCGCAGACACCUGCUUCACCUUUCGUUCCCCCAAAUUCACCAGCUAUAUCCUCUACGACCCCUCUGUGUCCCUGGAUUCCAGCUCUUCAGGUGUUACCACCCAAAGCCCAGAUGGCGCCACAACCGCAGCUCCCAGCAGCGCAUUGUCCCUUAAUUGGAGUCUUGCGCUCGUGUUUGCUGUAGUCAUCUUAGCUUGGUUCCAGUAAAAAAAAAAACAAGCCGUAGUGCUCUCUUGUUCUUGGUGAUUUGUUUGGGUGUCCUGUGGUUUGCCAUGAGGGGCUGGGGAGAGUCACGGUUUCGGGCAAAAUCAAUCAAGUAGAUGGAUGAACAUCAGCAAAGGGUACCCAAACAGAUUGCACGUCAAGUAGCUCGCUUGCUUUAGAAUGACAAUAGACUUGUUCUUGCAUUUUUACGUGAGCACGUAUUAUAGGCUUUAGCAGCUUUUGACCAAUGAUUUUGUAAUCCUAAUUAAGUGGUAGUGUUCUUAGUGAAAUUUUGAACGUUUGAGUGAGUUUGAUAUAAAUCUUGUAUGUAAGCCUGGUCUUAUUUUGUUGCUGAAAGCCUACAAUGUAAUAGAAUUCAUUUUUUGUGUGUGUUUAAUUAAAGCGGCCUUGUCAGCCAA